AUGAACAACGUUUGCUUAUACUGUGAUGCUCUUAAGUGGACUGGAGAAGCACCAGACAUGUGCUGCUCCAGUGAAAUAAAAGAAAUUCUUGAAUCAGUACUAAUUAAUAUGAUUAAUGACAAUGAUGAAGAAUCUGUUGAAGAAAUGGAUAAUGAAAAUUGUCAAACAAUACGAAAUAUUAUUAAAUUUGAUAUUUUUCAAUCAAUAUUUUCAUUAAUAAAACGUAAUGAUCAUAAUUAUUUACAAAUAAAUGGUGUUUAUAUAACAUUGAGUAAUAUUAAAUUUGAAUUAGAAAAAUAA